AGAAUAGGAUUAAUGGAAUGGGGAGAGAGUGAGGGAGAGGAUUGUGGGAUGGUUUUGUAGAGUAUGACGGUUCCUGCAUUAAGGUUGCUGAGAGAGCUUUACCCAAUCGGCGCUAUACGGGAUACGGUCAAACCUAUGACGGUAAGUCUGGUAUUGGUAACUGUGUAGUCUUCAAUGGGUGACUUAUCGAUAACAACCAUAGUGGACAACCUUCCAUUCACCCAAUCCCAUCCUCCCCUUCCAAUCCCAAUUCCAUUUCCUUUCCAUCCUAUCCCAUCCCAUGAUUCCAUCCAUCCCAAUAUUGUCUCACACCCCCAUAGCUGGUGGUUGGUACGACUAGAUCAAUACUGCUGCCCUUCCUCUGGCUGCCUUUGGCCCAUCCCUUUGGCUUCCUCUGGCUCAAGUCUCCCUUUGUCUGGAUCUCUCACUCUCCCCAGUCUCCACCACUCACACUCGCUAUGUCGCCUUCUAGCUCAUCGUGAUUCAUUCUUACUGAGCACCACUUUUCGUGCGGGGGUGGGUCGGAUGGCUGCAAUACACACAGUUCCGGUACCCGCCUCUUCUCGUAUACCUGGUGAUCAACGUCUGGGAAGAUGGGCAAAUACCUCGCUCCCCUCGUACGGUACGGUGCGAGUUUGUGCAUGAGUAGUUCAAUAACAACGAGCAUUCGUACGAGAUACCUCGUACUCUUGUCCCGUUCCGUCGCUGCAACGAGAUUGCCAUCAGCCCUGUAGAGUCGGUCGUUUUCACCUCCGACCUCCGACGACAGAUGUACGAGGAUGCGUGGAUGGGCUGCUCCUUUUGUACUCGUACAUGAUGGC